CCUUUUCUGCAGGGCAACGCUGAGAAGGGAGUAGGUGAGGGAGGAGGGAACCGGUACCCUCCUACUUCUGGUUCUUUCUUACUCCCUCCAUCACUGUAAGCAGAGGAGACACUCUAGGCCAUGAGGCUGUCCCUGCUCCUGGCUCUCCUCUCUCUCCUUCCUGUUGCUGUUUGGCUGUUGGACUCCAGGCACUUUUUAAUAUAUAAUGAAGACCACAAGCGCUGCGUGGAAGCAGUAAGUCCCAGCGCUGUCCAAACUGCGGUUUGCAACCAGGACAGUGAAGCUCAGAAGUUUCGAUGGGUGUCUGAGUCCCAGAUUAUGAGCACUGCAUUUAAAUUGUGCUUGGGGGUGCCGUCAAAAUUGGAUUGGGUUCCUGUCACCCUUUAUGCCUGUGACUCCAAGAGUGAAUUUCAGAAGUGGGAAUGCAAAAACGACACACUUCUGGGAAUCAAGGGAGAUGAACUGUAUUUUAACUAUGGCAACAGACAAGAAAAGAAUAUUAUGCUUUACAAGGGAUCAGGCUUGUGGAGCAGAUGGAAGGUGUAUGGAACCACAGAUGAUUUAUGUUCUCGAGGUUAUGAAGCCAUGUACACACUAAAGGGUAAUGCAAAUGGAGCAACUUGUGCAUUUCCUUUCAAGUUUGAAAACAAGUGGUACGGGGACUGCACAAGCGCUGGGAGAUCAGAUGGCUGGCUCUGGUGUGGAACUACGAGAGAUUAUGACACGGAUAAGCUAUUUGGAUAUUGCCCACUGAAAUUUGAGGGCAGUGAAGUCUUAUGGAAUAAAGACCCACUGACAAGCAUUUCCUAUCAAAUCAACCAUGAAUCUGCUCUGACUUGGCACCAGGCAAGGAAGAGUUGCCAACAACAGAAUGCCGAACUACUGAGCAUCACAGAGAUUCACGAGCAAACAUACCUGACGGGAUUGACCAGAUCCAUGACCUCAGGACUCUGGAUUGGCUUGAACAGUCUGAGUUUCAACAGCGGGUGGCAAUGGAGCAGCGGCAGUCCAUUCCGAUACUUGAACUGGCUACCAGGAAACCCAUCAACAGAACCUGGAAAAACCUGUGUGUCACUAAAUCCUGGGAAAAAUGCCAAAUGGGAAAGUCUGGAGUGUGUUCAGAAACUUGGCUAUAUCUGCAAAAAGGGCAACACAACCUUGAAUCCUUUUGUUAUUCCCUCAGAAAGUGAUGUUCCUACUAACUGUCCAAGUCAAUGGUGGCCCUAUUCAGGACAUUGCUACAAAAUUCACAGAGAAAAGAAAAUCCAAAGAGACGCCUUGACUGCAUGCAGGAAGGAAGGGGGUGACCUAGCCAGUAUUCAUAGCAUUGAGGAGUUUGAUUUUGUUAUCUCCCAGCUGGGCUACGAACCAGAUGAUGAGUUAUGGAUUGGCUUAAAUGACAUCAAGAUUCAGAUGUACUUUGAAUGGAGUGAUGGGACACCAGUAACAUUUACCAAAUGGCUUCGUGGAGAACCAAGCCAUGAGAACAAUCGGCAAGAAGAUUGUACUGUGAUGAAAGGCAAGGAUGGGUACUGGGCAGACCGGGCCUGUGAGCGCACCCUGGGCUACAUCUGUAAGAUGAAAUCACAAGCCCAAAGUCCGGGAAUUGUGGAAGUAGAUGUAGGCUGCCAGAAGGGCUGGAAAAGGCAUGGGUUCUACUGUUAUAUGAUUGGACACACACUUUCAACCUUUGCAGAAGCAAACCAGACCUGUCAAAAUGAGAAGGCUUACCUAACAACUGUUGAAGAUAGAUACGAGCAAGCCUUUCUGACUAGUUUGGUUGGACUGAGGCCUGAAAAGUACUUUUGGACAGGACUUUCAGAUAUACAGAACAGAGGGACCUUUAAGUGGACUAACGAGGAAGAGGUCCAGUUUACCCACUGGAAUGCAGACAUGCCAGGGCGAAAAGCAGGAUGUGUUGCCAUGAGAACUGGAAUUGCAGGGGGCUUGUGGGAUAUUUUGAAAUGUGAGGAGAAGGCAAAAUUUGUGUGCAAACACUGGGCAGAAGGAGUGACUCGGCCCCCAGAGCCCACAACAACUCCAGAACCCAAAUGUCCAGAGAACUGGGGUUCCAGCAGUAAAACAAACUUGUGUUUCAAGCUGUUUGCAAAAGGAAAACAUGAGAAGAAAACGUGGUUUGAAUCUCAAGACUUUUGUAGAGCUCUGGGAGGUGAUCUAGCAAGUAUCAAUAAUAAAGAGGAACAACAGGCAAUAUGGCGGCUGGUGACGGCUAGUGGAAGCUACCACGAACUAUUCUGGUUGGGACUGACCUAUGGAAGUCCAUCAGAAGGUUUCACUUGGAGUGAUGGUUCUCCUGUUUCAUAUGAAAAUUGGGCUUACGGAGAACCUAAUAAUUACCAAAAUGUUGAAUUCUGUGGUGAAUUGAAGGGUGAUGCUGGUAUGACCUGGAAUGAUAUUAACUGUGAACAUCUUAACAACUGGAUUUGCCAGAUACAAAAAGGAAAAACACCAAAGCCUGAGCCAACACCAGCUCCUCAAGACAAUCCAUCAGUCACUGAAGAUGGGUGGGUCAUUUACAAAGACUAUCAGUAUUACAUUAGCAAGGAGAAGGAAACCAUGGACAAUGCACGGGCAUUUUGCAAGAGGAAUUUUGGUGAUCUUGUUUCUAUUCGAAGUGAAAGUGAGAAGAAGUUUCUGUGGAAAUAUGUGAACAGAAAUGAUGCCCAGCCAGCAUACUUCAUUGGUUUGCUGAUCAGCUUGGAUAAAAAAUUUAUUUGGAUGGAUGGAAGCAAAGUAGAUUUUGUGUCUUGGGCCACUGGUGAACCCAAUUUUGCAAAUGAUGAUGAAAACUGUGUAACUAUGUAUUCAAAUUCAGGGUUUUGGAAUGACAUUAACUGUGGUUAUCCAAAUGCCUUCAUUUGCCAACGACAUAACAGCAGCAUCAACGCUACAGUCAUUCCUACCACAGCCCCAGUCCCAGGAGGCUGUAAGGAAGGUUGGAAUUUUUACAAUAACAAGUGUUUUAAAGUCUUCGGUUUUAUUGAAGAAGAAAGAAAAAAUUGGCAAGAGGCACGAAAAGCUUGCAUAGGAUUUGGAGGGAAUCUGGCAUCUAUACUCAAUGAGAAAGAGCAAGCCUUUCUUACCUAUCAUAUGAAGGACUCCACUUUCAAUGCCUGGACUGGGUUGAAUGAUGUCAAUUCAGAACACACGUUCCUGUGGACAGAUGGACGAGGGGUCCACUACACCAACUGGGGAAAAGGUUUCCCUGGUGGCAGAAGGAGCAGCCUUUCUUAUGAAGAUGCUGACUGUGUCGUACUCAUUGGAGGCAAGUCAAAGGAUGCAGGAAAAUGGAUGGAUGAUACCUGUGACAGCAAGCAAGGAUAUAUAUGUAUGACACCUUCUGAUUCUUCCUUGACUAAUUCUCCAGUAACAGUCCCAACAGAUGGCUUUGUUAAAUAUGGUGAAAGUAGUUAUUCACUUAUGAAAUUAAAAUUACAAUGGCAUGAUGCAGAUAAUUACUGCAAACUUCAUUCUUCCUCCAUUGCUAGCAUCCUAGGUCCCUACAGCAAUGCAUUUGCAUGGAUGCAAAUGCAGUCAAAUAAGGAGCCUGUGUGGAUUGGCCUGAACAGUAACCUGACCAAUAAUGAAUAUGCUUGGACUGAUAAAUGGAGGGUGAGGUACACUAAUUGGGCAGCUGAUGAGCCCAAACUGAAAUCAGCUUGUGUUUAUCUGGAUCUUGAUGGCUACUGGAAGACAGCCCACUGCAAUGAAAGUUUUUAUGUUCUGUGCAAAAGAUCAAAAGAAGUCCCUGCAACUGAACCUCCUCAGCUUCCAGGAAGAUGCCCAGAAUCAGAGCACACAGCAUGGAUUCCUUUCCAUGGCCACUGCUACUAUAUCGAGUCUUCAUUUACAAGGAACUGGGGCCAAGCUUCUCUAGAAUGUCUUCGAAUGGGUGCUUCUUUGGUUUCCAUUGAAAGUGCUGCAGAAUCAAGUUUUCUAUCAUAUCGGGUUGAACCUCUUCAGAGCAAAACCAAUUUUUGGAUAGGAUUGUACAGAAAUGUUGAAGGUAUGUGGCUCUGGAUUAACAACAAUCCACUUUCCUUUGUCAACUGGAACACAGGAGACCCCUCUGGUGAACGCAAUGAUUGUGUGGCCCUAUCUGCAGCUUCUGGAUUUUGGAAUAAUAUUCACUGUUCUUCUUACAAAGGGUACAUUUGCAAAAGACCCAAAAUUGUUGAUCCUCAAACUACUCAUACAUCAAUGACAACAAAAGCUGAUUCAAGGAAGAUGCAUCCUUCUAAACCAUCUUCCAGAACAGCAGGAGUGGUGGUGAUAGUGGUCCUCCUGAUCAUAGCUGGGGCUGGCCUUGCUGCAUAUUUCUUUUACAAGAGAAGACGUGUGCCCUUACCUCGAGAGGACACUUUUGAAAACACUCUUUAUUUUAACAGCAGAUCAAACCAAGGAACUAGUGAUACCAAAGAUCUCAUGGGAAACAUUGAGCAGAAUGAACACGCAGUCAUCUAGGGUCAAUGUGUGAUUUCCAUCAUUUUAAAUAGUCUAAAAUUAUAACCCAGAUGUUAAGACCUCUAAUUCAAUGUGAUUAUUUCUUUUAAAAUGAGUACUAUACUGCACAGGUCUUUUUUUUUUUUUUUCUUUGUCUGUCUGAAGAAAUCAUUACUCAUUUUCUAGACUGGUAAAUUGUUUUCACAGAAGUAGCAGUAUUUUUGAAGUAGUACUUCAAAAUACCUUAACUGAGUACACAGCCAGCACAAUCCCAACAUUUAAACAUUAUUAGUGUGGAGUUACUGUCAACUGCAUAUAGAAGACAAGGUCCCCAGCAACAACCACAGAGGCGUCCUGAAACAACUGAAGAAACUCUCAAGGAAAGUUCAGUAGUGAGAGGACCAUUUUCCAAAAUUAAGUACAAAUAGCCACCAAUGGCAGAAAAACAACCACUUUUUCCCUUUAGCUGAUCUAGACUUUCACUACCAUCACUGGAUUUCUAUCUGUACAUGUGCAGACCAAAUACAGUAAAUGAGAUUCUUAUUGUUCCCAAGCUGGGUUUCCCAGGCUGCAUAUUGCAAAUGUGUCCUUUGUCCCAGUAUAUGUAUAUCAAGAAUGCAAAGGUGUGAAAUAAAAUGUAAAUUUUCAGAACCUGAUGCACUUAGCUAAUGUGAAAUACACAUCAAAGACAAGAUAUAUUUUAAAUAGGUUUGUAUUUUGGUUAUCUUGGUAAGUGUAAAUUUUCUUUUCCGUGAGAUUUAUUUAUCCGCUUAUUUUGCGCUUACUCUUAAAUCAAGUGCUAUUAUCAAUAAGUAGAGGAAUUCUUUAAAAUUAAAUUCUUCAUCUCAGAAAAAAUAUAUUGUUCUAAUACUACGUAUAAAAGGAAUUUUUUCUGUAAUAAUUUGCAUGAUUUUUCCAUUCUACCAAUGAAUCAAUCCAAAAUUCAACAAUCAAAGGAGCUGUCAUUGGGAAUUUGAUCUUUAUGUCUCUUUUUGUCACUUUGAUAAGUCCUUUGUGUGAAGAAUUUUUCUUGUGAUAAAGCUUCAUGUACAUUGUGAGAUAUUCUGGAGGUCUCACACCUCAUACAGGUACCAUACUAUAAUCUCAUCCUUGCCUUCUCCAAAGGCAAGGUAGGAGAGAGCUUCCAAUAUCCUGAUUUAGGUGACAGAAAGAAAUAGAAGGUGAGAGGUGAACAACUGUUUUAAAGGCUGCCAAGCACAAAUAGUUCAACCAAUUAAACACCUCAACCAAUUAAAGACAGAUUGCUUUUCAUUUUCUUGGGAGGAACAAAACAUUCUAUUUGAAGAAAUUGCAAAUGGAAACAAUAAUAGCAGCAUCAAAACAGUGUGUGGUUAAUUACACUAAAAUUCCCUUUCAUCAUAAAUAUGUAUUUUUCUUUAAGAAAUAAGGAAGAAGUAGACAUAGGAAUGAAGAGAAAUAAAUUGAUAAUGAUGACUUACACAAGUUAUUUUUCUUAUAAUUCUGAGCUAUGAUUUCCCAGAAAAUAUUUUGGUCUUCCAAUAACAUAUAUCUCAGACUUAGAUGUCUUAUCUGUUAAAGAAGCAGUCUUUUUGGCAGAGGACUAAGUAUUAUACUUUGAAUCUCUUUAUCUACUCAAACAGAUAAUCAAACAGAUAAAUCAUUUACACAGAGACCUAUCCAAAACUCAAAUUAAAACAUCAAGGGUACUUUUUGAAAUUAGAAGCAUAUUGGGGGUGGGGGUUGAGGCUGGGUGGUUGCACACCUGGUUGAGUGCACAUUACAGUUUUCAAGGACCUGGGUUCAAGCCCCCACUCCCCACCUCCAGGAGAAAACCUAGUGAAUGGUGAAGCAGUGCUGCAGGUGUCUCUCUGUCUCACUCCCUCUCUACCAUUCCCUUCCCUCUCAAUUUCUGGCUGGCUCUAUCCAAUAAAUAAAUAAUGAUAAUAAAAAAUUUUAAAGAAGCAUAUGCGGUGGAAAGAUUUUAAGUUGUAGGUUUGUUAAGUCCAACAGCAAGGAAAGCAAAAGCAAAAGCAAAAAUAAACGAAUCAGUUUACACGUAACUGAGAUGCUACUGAAAAAUAAGAAACAGUUACUAAAACAAAUUACAUCCUACUGAAUAGAAGAGAAUUACAUGUAAUAUACCAGACUAAAGCUAUUAACCAACAUAUAUCAGGAACACACAAAACAGCAAUAGGACCCCCUCCCCCGUCAACUACUCCACUAAAAAUGGAAAGAAGGUCUAAAUGGACUUUUCACCAAAGAUGACAUUCAGAUGGCCAAAUGGCAUAUGAAAACUUGCUCAAAGUCACUGAUUAUCAGAGAAAUGCCCAUCAAGACAGCAGAGAGAUAUUGCCUCACAUCUGUGAAAAUGACCUACACCAAAAAGGACAGAAACAACAAGCAUGGGGGAUAUGGAGAAAAGGAAAUCCUUUUACAAUUUCUUUUUUUAAUUCAGAAAUUCUCUCUGAAGAUUUGCUAAGUAAGUGCUUACCUAAGUGCUCUGUGGGCUGUCAUCAGAACUCAGCAGAAGGAAUUUUAAGGAUAUCCACAUGCCACCCCUGCCUGCACUCCCUCCCCACCCAGUUGAACUCAAUGUGAAUAGUCUGUAACUUGAACUCUGAAAAUAAAGAAGUGACAUCUGUA